AUGGCCACAGUGCAGCAGAGUGCAGCAGCAGCUGUUGCUGCGUUCUCGUCUCUGCUCGGUGUCAUGACUGCACUCAUCAACCAACGUGUUCCGGAUUCUUACAUGGAUGAGAUCUUCCAUGUUCCACAGGCUCAGCAGUACUGUACAGGAGUCUUUGAUCAAUGGGACAGCAAACUCACUACUCCUCCUGGACUCUAUCUUGUUUCUUUGGGAUUUCACAAACUAUGGAUUGCAUUCCUGCAAACUCCCAUUUCUGGCUGUUCUGUUCUUCAACUUAGAUCCGUGAAUGCUGCAUUCGGAAUAGCUACUCUUCCUGUUAUAUUCAACUUGAUUCCUCUCAUUCAUCCUGCUCGAAACCAGUCCUUCACGUUUAACGCCAUAGAGGCUUUUGUUAUAAGCUUAUUUCCAAUCUCGUUCUUUUUUCAUCUGCUGUAUUACACCGACUCUGGUUCUACCUUUUUCGUGCUGUUUUCGUACUAUCUGUCACUUCGUGACAAACUCUUUUUUUGUGCCUUGACUGGCUUCAUAUCUAUUUGGUUUAGACAAACUAAUGUGAUCUGGGUCGCAUUUAUUGCUGCCACAAUUUGUAUCCGUCAUCUCCAAUCAAUUGAUUCAACUACAGCAUUGGAUUGUCCUGGAUAUAAGCUGAAAAGUUGCGGAGACAAAACCAAUCACACUGCAGGACUUCAUAUUCCCCAACUGUAUUACUUUUGUGGAUUUUCAGCAUUUUUUGGAUUCUUUGCUGUAAAUAUCCCACAGGCUAUCUUGAAUUUUCCUGUUUGGAUCGUUGCUCCUGCAAUCAUGUUUGAGACAGUUCGGAGAUUCACUAUUGAGCAUCCUUUUCUGCUUGCAGAUAACCGCCAUUUUACUUUUUAUAUCUGGAAGAAUAUAUUUCGACAAUAUGCCGAAGCUCGCUAUGUGCUUAUUCCAGUUUACAUGUUCUGUGCUUGGGCAAUCGUUCGACAGCUGGCUAAAACGCAAUCAGUACUAUGGAUAGUCGCGUAUAUUGGAUCAGUAAUGCUAACGCUAAUUCCAUCGCCUUUACUCGAGUUUCGAUAUUUUACCAUUCCAUUUAUUCUUUUACGACUACAUAUUGCAACAUAUUAUAGGUCUGAAUCUACAUCUGGAAAACGCACAACAAAAACAGGAUUUCCUGGCUGGGGAUGGGCAUUGGCACUUGCGCUAGAAUGCAUUCUAUUUGUCGGCAUCAAUGUAUCUGUGCUGUAUUUAUUUUUGGAAAAACCGUUUGAAUGGCCUACCCCAACGGAUGGAUCUAAUUCAAUAGGGCACUUUACAAAAAUGCGAUUCAUGUGGUGA